UUUGUGGCUUUAUUUUUUUAUUCUUUAAAGAGUUUUCUUUAUUCUUUUCUUUUUCACCCUCAUUUUCACUUGAUAAAAAAAGAUUUUUUAAUUGAUUUUUCGAAUGAUUAUCGAUUUUUAUUCGUCUUGUUUAUUUAAUUUUUAAUGCAAAAAUUUUUUUUAAAUUUUUUAGGAUUUCUUAAAAUUUAUUUGAUGUCAUUUGCAACACAAAUUCCUUCACAUUCCCCAGCUCAACAACACCAACAUCAAUUAAUGAUGGAACAAAUGAAGCUUAAUCCAACUCAAAAUGUGUGCCAAACAAAUUCUAUAAAUUCAACAAAUUCUGUUAAUGUUGUUGACUCUGUUAAAACAAUCUCUUCUGUUGCUUCUAGUUCGCAGAAUUUAAAGGCUCUCUUACCUCCCGUCCCACCACAGUGUGGUCCACCAACCGUUUCUUUGGCUUUACUACUUGAUUUUGCUAUCCAUCAAACUGCACACGAAUUACAAGUUUUAUAUACGCUCAAUUUACAGAAGAAAGCGCAAGAUCGAACAACUAGUGUUGUCCAGUUUGCCCAUUCAACUCGUCUUGUGUUUGUUCGUUUACUGGCUAUUGUUCGUUGGCUUAAAACUAAUCGAAAAUUUGAACCCCUUUCUUCUAUACGCUUUUUAUUGGAUGAGCAAGCAGCUAGGUAUGUGGAGACUGCAGACAAGCUUGUGGAAAUUGCGAGAAAUGAGUUGCCUAAUGCUAGGUUGUCAGUUUUUCAUGUUCCACAAGCUGUUGAUGUUCUUACAUUGGGCACUUACCCUCGACUUCCUCAAAAUAUAAAGGCAAAAUUUAUUAGAAAAAUUAACUACAAAAUUUAUUUUUCUUUAAAGGAUCGCUUUGUUUCAACCCCUCCAUUGGCUGGCCGUGAGCAACGAUUAACUUUGCGAGAACUUAACAGAGUUUUGGAAUUUCAUUUGGCGCAGAGUGCAAGGCAAUUGUCACCGCGUAUAGAGCAAAUUAAUAUUAAAAAUGGAAUGGUUACCCUAAUUGUCCCCAAUGAAUUUGAAAUUGUUUUAACACGUCUAGGCGACGAUUUGCAACAAACAAAAUGGUGUCUUUUAAAUAUUAAAAUACUUGUAACAAAUGCUGAGGUUGGGCAAGGGCAACGUUUAGUUCAUCCUCUACAGGUAAAUUUUCUUCACCAAAUGGUUCAAGAAAGAUUAGACAAUGGAGAGAAGCCUUUAUUCGAUGCCUAUAACAUUUUACACGUUUUUUGUCGUUCACUUCAAUUGGACGUUAUUUAUUGUCAAGCAACUUUAAUAGCUAAAAUCUCCUCACUUUAUAUUCGUGUUGAAGAGUAUAAUACAAAAGAAUGUAAAUUAGUAAUAGCUUAUUGGUUGGAAGGGGGAGGUGGAGGAAGUCGAGGUGGUGUUCAGCAACAACAACAGCAGCAACAACAAAAACAAUUUAGAAGCAAAAAACAAAUUCAUCAUUAUCGGUUUACUAUAUAUGGAGACAAAACAGAUCCUCACAGCACUUUACGCGUCAAACACCAUCCUUCUGGUCCAGAACUGCCAAAAUUGGAUCAAAGUUUUUCCCUUCAACGUCUACUUAAUGAAACAAUUCUUUUUCGGUGUCGUGAACGGUUAUUGCAAGCGCAAAAUUUAUUGGAGCGGGCGCAACCAAAACCAGCAAAGAUUACUCGGUCUGGUCACUGUUUAUUGUCUCUCACUUGCCCAUUAAUCUUAACAGAAGAAUGCAUUGCCGCUGAAGCUUUAAUUAUUUCUGUAAAUACAUUCUUUGGUACAGUUAAUUGUCGAGUUGAAGCAUUAGGUCGUCGUGACGAAAUUAACGAAUUAGAAAAACAACUAAAUGCAGCCAGUCCAUCAAUUAAAAUUAUAAUCAAUUUAUUAGAUCGUUUACGAAUUUUAAUUUUAAUGGAGCGUUUACAGAGAGCUAUUGUUGGACUACAAGUCAACAAACUCAACGACAACCAAGCUUUAUCCCUAGCAAAUAAAUUAACUACACUUCCAAAAGAUAGAAGCAUUUUCCAGUUUAUUAGGGAAGACCAAUUUUAUUUGAUAAUUGCUUUUACGCCUGAUGAUCAAACUGGAGUUAAAAUCCAAUUCCAUUUAUUUUCAUCAACUGAUGGUCGUUUAACUAUGCUUGAUCUUGAUGCUGAACAGAUAAUCCGAUCAGCACCUUUACCUCGUUUAUAUGCCGCCUCAUUAGCCUUAUCAUCAUCAUCAAAAAAUAACAACAAAAAUCUUCAUAAUCAAAGACUUUCUGAAUUUUUUCAGCGUUAUCGUAAGCGUGAAGGGAAAAAUGAAAAAUAA